CCCUGUCCAAGAGAAAAAGAAGAAUCCUCGUCUCUCGUUCGUGCACGCGAAGUAGACGAAGAAGAAGAAGAAGAAGAAGAGAAGCUGAAUCGAGGAGUGGCGCAUUUUAGCCGUCCGCAUAACCGUCGCUGUCUCUCCGACUACAUCUCGGUUCCCUUUCAUCAUCGUCGGAAUCGAAUCGAAUCGAUGGCUGCUCCACCUGCUAGGGCCAGAGCUGAUUAUGAUUAUCUCAUUAAGCUUCUUCUGAUUGGAGAUAGUGGUGUGGGUAAAAGUUGCCUACUUCUACGUUUCUCUGAUGGAUCCUUCACCACUAGCUUCAUCACCACCAUUGGCAUUGACUUUAAGAUCAGAACGAUUGAGCUUGAUGGGAAACGUAUCAAGCUCCAGAUUUGGGACACUGCUGGUCAAGAACGCUUCCGCACUAUCACCACUGCUUAUUACCGUGGGGCAAUGGGGAUUUUGCUUGUCUAUGAUGUCACAGACGAGUCUUCCUUCAACAACAUUAGAAACUGGAUUCGUAAUAUCGAACAACAUGCUUCUGAUAAUGUUAACAAGAUCUUGGUUGGUAACAAGGCUGACAUGGAUGAAAGCAAGAGGGCUGUACCUACAGCAAAGGGUCAGGCUCUUGCUGAUGAGUACGGAAUUAAGUUCUUCGAAACAAGUGCUAAGACAAACCUAAACGUGGAAGAAGUUUUCUUCUCGAUAGGGAGGGACAUCAAGCAGAGGCUUUCUGACACUGACUCCAGGGCUGAGCCUGCGACGAUUAAGAUAAGCCAGACAGACCAGGCAGCUGGUGCCGGGCAGGCCACACAGAAGUCUGCAUGCUGUGGAACUUAAAAGAAAGUUGUAAAAUUGAAGUUUUAAGACGAGACAGA